AAAAAAAAGAAAAAAGAAAGGGUCACAGGCACGUGAAGAAAACGAAACAACUCCUCACACAAAAAAUAAAUCAAAACAAACAUGGAGAAAUGUGUACUAACAAAUCAAACGUUGAAUACAGAUAGACUGCAUUUAAACCAUUAGUAGUAUUAUUAAUUAUACCCAAAAAAAAAAGAAAAAAGAAAAAAGAAAAACAUCGUCUCCCUCAACCCCCCGUCUAACAAAAGCCUCCAAUCCCUUAGGGUCUCUUCCCUUCAUCUUCGUCAAUGUCAUUCACAAUUUUUUCACAGUAGAUAAUACAAAUUCCAUAACCCAGAUUGCUCCCUUUUCGUUAGAAUCCCUUUUCUGUGUAAAUCAAUCUGUAAUUCUUUUUAUUUUUCCUCCCCUUAUCCAAAUCCAAUUUUUCCUUAAAUUAGACUGGUUUUUAUUAGUACACAACAUAUAUACAUAUAUAUAUGCAUACAUUCACGUUUGUCUAUUCUUAAAAAUCUGGUCACUCACACCAUCCAUCCACAAUAAUUUUGCUAACCCUUUUAGCCCUUUUUGUCACCAACAAUUUUAUUUGUUCAAUUCCUCCAAUUAAUAACAGCCAAAGGCAAUAAAAAUUGAUUGAUACCUUCACAUCCCACGAAUUUUUAUCCCUCCUUAUUACAUACACAGCACAACCCACUAUCCCCACCUUAACUGUGAGAAAAAAAAAAUUCGAGGGAUCUUCACUGCCAAGAUUGCAAAGUGAGUGGAUGUAUAUGAUGAUUUAGAGACCACAUGGCCCAAAAGAUUAUUGCCUGGAAAUAUGGAGGUGCUUCCUUGCUCUGGUGUAAGUUAUAGUGCAGAACCUGAUUGUCCUGUCCAGGGCUCAAGAGCUUCCUUAAUGUUUGCUGGAGAAUCAAACUCUUUGGAACAUAUUGAGGACAGGCAAUGCAUAGAUUCUAAAGUUGACGACUUAGAACUAAAUUUGGAAAGACCUAAGGAGGGAGGCAAAUGCCUUGUUGCGGAAGUGCCUACUUUAGAAGUUCAGGGUAAUGGAGGUGCGCAUUACGAUGUUGAUGUGCAUGACCAAGAGUUAUCUUUUGAUUCUCAUGAUUCUGGGAACGAAAAAUCGAAGGCGCAGGACCAGUUGAUAGGAUCUUCAGUGUAUACUAAUAAAAGUGGACAAUCAAGUGUCAACCAAGAGCUAAGGGCCUUUAUUCCUGAGUCAACUUGGCUUGAAACAGAUGAACCUUUGGCAGUUUGGGUUAAGUGGAGAGGGAACUGGCAAGCUGGAAUCAGAUGUGCAAGAGCAGAUUGGCCAUUAUCAACUUUGAGAGCCAAGCCAACCCAUGACAGGAAAAAGUAUCUUGUGAUAUUCUUCCCUCGCACAAGAAAUUUUUCUUGGGCGGAUGAACUUCUUAUUAGAUCAAUUAAUGAGUUUCCAGAGCCCAUUGCAUGCAAUACGCAUGAAGAUGGUGCAAGAAUGGUGAAUGAUCUUGCGCUUCCUCGGCGGUUUGUUAUGCAAAAGCUCGCUGUUGGCACAUUGGACGUCCUUGAUCAGUUGCAUAGUGAGGCAUUGAUGGAGACUUCUCGCAAUGUAAUGGCUUGGAAGGAAUUUGCUUUGGAGGCUUCCCGUUGUGAUGGUUAUAAUGACCUUGGCAAGAUGCUGUUGAAACUUCAAAAUAUGAUUAGUGAAAGCUGCAUCAGUUCACAGUGGUUAAACCAUUCUCGGGCAUCUUGGGUUGAAAGAUGUCAGGGUGCUUGCAGUGCUGAAGUAGUUGAAAUAUUGAAGGAGGAAUUGGUUGAUUCCAUCCUUUGGGAUGUUGUGAACUCACUUGCCAACGGAACGGCACAGUAUGAACUCAGCAGUGAGUGGAGAACCUGGAAAAAUGAUGCAAUGAAAUGGUUUUCAUUGUCGAAUCCUAUUCUUGGAGGAAGUGAACACGAACAACCUGAUGAUGACGGGAGUCCAGUGAAUAUGGAUACGCAGAUGAGCAGGAAAAGGCCCAAAUUGGAAGUUCGUCGUGCUGAAAUGCAUGUUUCGCCUACAAAGAUAGUUCAGAGUUCCGACCAUAAUGUACCUGUUGAAACUGACUCAACCUAUUUCAGUGGUGAUAUGGUGGGUGCUGCAACCUUAGAAUCUGAGCCCUCUAAAGAGUUACAACCUUUGGAAGGUGCUGUUCCUCCUGGUUCCCCUAGCGUUGUUGAAAAAUGGGGUGCGAUUGUUGUUGAAGCUAAAACUUUUGAUGCCAUCCAGGUAAAUAAUGUUGAACUGACUCCAGAAAGUGGUGCUAUCAUUGUGAGUUCUGCUGAUGCUGUCACUAAAAGUCGCCGAUGCAUAGCUUUCAUCGAACAUAAAGGAAGGCAAUGUGUAAGGUGGGCAAAUGAAGGUGAUGUUUAUUGUUGUGUGCAUUUGGCCUCCCGUUUUUCUAGCUGCUCAGCUAAAGUUGAAGCAAGAGCUUCUGUAGAUUCACCGAUGUGUGGAGGUACUACAGUUCUUGGUACUAAAUGCAAGCAUCGCUCAUUGCAUGGUUCUUCUUUUUGUAAGAAACAUAGGCCUAAAGACCAUAAAGAAAUACAUUCCAGCUUAUCUGAGAUUAGUCUUAAAAGAAAGCAUGAGGAGAGUACAAAUAGAUCAGGUAGUGUAGAUUGCAAAGAAAUUGUGUUAUUUGGAGGCGUUGAAAGUUCAUUGCAAACUCCGAUCUCAUUCAUGGGUGGUGAUGCAAAAAACAGCAAUGGGCUACAAGAUUUGUUUGAGAAGCCUCGUAAUCCUCUUCCAGAGACGGGCUGCUGCAUAGGGUUGUUUCAGGAUGGCCAUGAAUCUUGCUUAGAAAGCCCAAAACGGUAUUCCUUGUACUGUGAUAAGCAUAUACCAAGUUGGCUUAAACGAGCUAGGAACGGCAAAAGUAGGAUAAUUUCAAAGGAAGUGUUUAUUGAGCUCUUGACUGAUUGUGAGUCAGUGGAGCAAAAACUAAAUCUACACCGAGCUUGUGAACUCUUCUAUAGGCUUUUUAAAAGCAUACUUUCUAUGAGAAACCCUGUUCCUAAGGAUGUCCAGUUCCAGUGGGCCCUAUCUGAAGCUGCAAAAGACACUGCAAUUCGGGACUUCUUGCUGAAAUUAGUUUGCCGUGAAAAGGAGAGAAUAGAACGGCUCUGGGGGUUUUGCAUAAAUCAAGAUUUGCAAGCUUCCACUUCUAUUGACGCAUCUCGAGCAGUCCUGAUGGAAGCUGAAAGUGACCAUGACACUGAGACCACAAUGAAGUGCAAAUUGUGCACAGAAAAAUUUAUUGAUGAUCAAGCCCUUGGGACACACUGGAUGGAGCAUCAUAAGAAAGAAGCUCAGUGGUUGUUUAGGGGCUAUGUUUGUGCUAUAUGCCUGGAUUCUUUUACUAAUAAGAAAGUUUUAGAAUUACAUGUUCAGGAGAGACAUCGAGUGCAAUUUGUUGAACAAUGCAUGCUUCUCCAGUGUAUACCAUGUGGUAGCCAUUUUGGGAAUUCUGACCAGCUGUGGUUGCAUGUUCUUUCUGUGCAUCCUAAUAAUCUUAAGCAAUUAAGUGCUUCUGAACAGCAAAAUCUCUCUAUGAUUGUGGCUCCUAUUCAGAAUUCUGAGCUAGAGAGGUCAGGUGUGGUAGGAAACGGGAACACUGAGCACUCUUCUAUUCGGAAAUUCAUUUGCAGAUUCUGUGGUUUGAAAUUUGACUUACUUCCCGAUCUUGGCCGUCAUCAUCAAGCUGCUCACAAGGUGCUAGAUUCAUCUGGUGCUUAUCUCCCAAAGAGGGGCCUUCGUCUCUUUGCUCAAAAAUUAAAAUCUGGGAGAUAUAAUCGCGCCGGGUUCAAGAAGGGCAUUGGAUCAACACCAUAUAGAAUCAGGAGCAAAAGUGCUCAAAACAUGAGGAAACAAAUUCGCAUGCCAAGUUUGGAUUCUUUUGCAUCACUUGAGAUUCAUACGGGUGAUUUUGAUACUGGUAGUCUUGGCAGACUAGCAGAUUCUCAGUGCUCAGCAGUCGCACAAGUUCUGUUUUCUGAGAUUAAAAGAACAAAACCACGCCCAACUAACUUAGAGAUCUUGUCAAUUGCCCGAAUGGCUUGCUGUAAGGUAAGCCUUCUGGCCUCAUUAUCUGCAAAAUAUGAUAGCUUGCCAGAUCGUAUAUACCUGAGAGCAGCUAAACUCUGUAGUGAGCAAAACAUUUUGGUGAACUGGCACCAAGAAGGGUUUAUUUGUCCAAGAGGAUGUAAAACAUUUGAGAGUCAAGAAGAAUGGUCUAGGUUGAUACCCCUUUCUGAUGAUGUAGCUGUACCAAAACAUUCUGUUCCUGUUGAUCCUGUUACUAGUGAAUGGACAAUGGAUGAGUGCCACUUUGUCAUUGAUUCCAGACAUUUCAGUCAAGAUUCUUCUGAGAGAAUUAUCUUAUGUGAUGAUAUAAGUUUCGGGAAGGAGUCUGUCCCUAUAGCUUGUGUGGUGGAUGAAAAUCUUCUGGGCUCUCUUCAUAUCAUGGCAGAUGGUUCUGAUGGUCAAAUUACAGCAUGCUCUCUGCCGUGGGAGAGCUUUACUUAUAUUACAAAGCCUUUACUGGAUGGAUGUCUUGGUCUUGAAGUGGAGGGUUCACAGUUGGGGUGUGCUUGUGCUUAUUCAGUUUGUUCUCCCGUAAGCUGCGAUCAUGUCUACCUUUUUGAUAAUGACUAUGAAGAUGCAAAAGACAUAUAUGGAAAGUCAAUGCAUGGGCGCUUCCCUUAUGAUGAGAGAGGUCGAAUAAUUUUGGAGGAGGGUUACCUUGUCUAUGAGUGCAAUCAAGGAUGCCGCUGCAACAAAACCUGUCAAAACCGGGUUCUGCAGAAUGGUGUUCGAGUGAAACUGGAAAUUUUCAAGACAGAGAAGAAGGGUUGGGCUGUCAGGGCCAGAGAAGCAAUCUUGCGUGGGACAUUUGUGUGUGAGUAUGUUGGGGAGGUCAUAGAUGAGCAGGAAGCAAUUGACAGGCGCACUAGGUAUGGGGAUGACGGUUGUGGAUAUUUCUACGAAAUUGAUGCUCAAGUUAAUGACAUAAGCAGAUUAACUGAAGGACAUGUCUCUUUUGUGAUUGAUGCAACAAAUCAAGGAAAUGUUUCGCGCUACAUUAAUCACAGCUGCUCGCCAAAUCUUGCAAAUCAUCAAGUCCUUGUAGAAAGCAUGGAUUGUCAGCUCGCACACAUUGGUCUCUUUGCGAGUCGAGAUAUUGCCAUGGGUGAAGAGUUGACUUAUGAUUAUCGCUACAAACUGCUACCAGGAGAAGGAUCCCCUUGCCUCUGUGGAGCUCCCAACUGCAGGGGCCGACUAUACUAAACCCAUAUUAGGAAAUUGGUCAAUGAUUUUGUGACCUGGGAGUCUCUUCCUUUUCCAUUGAGAGGUUAGGGACGAGGUCUAGAGACAAAUGUCUCACUAUUUAUGCUCCUGUGACCGUUGCAACGGUUUCUGAACCCUGUGGACUCCCACUGGAGUUUUUUUUGUUUUUUUUUUUAAUUUAAUGGAAAUGCAGUUGAUUAAUUUAUAACCAUAUCUACAGCAGUAAAACUUAUGCAUUGCUCUUGAAGAGUUUAGUUCAUUUAGAACAACUUGCUGUUAAUUUCUACAAUCCGGAGCACUUAUCGCUACAGGAGGGACCAUACAUCUUCAUUGGAGAAUGAAAAAAUUUGGAUUCACCCUGUGGUAGGUCAGAAUCUCAUCUCCUGAUGAUGGCGGAGAUAGAAUAGAACAGACACACCAUAACCGACGGUGACCAGUGUGAGCAACAUUCCUGUUCAUAUGAGACAUGGAAAAGAUCAUUAGGUUUGAACAUAGUCAGCGCGGUCAUGAAACCCCUAGGUAGGAAUUUGGGAUUUCACAAAGCAUUACUUGAAAGGAAGCAUAAAAACUGUCUUUACCAUUUUGAAUAAGUGUUGCAGGUUCAGCUUCAUGCCUCGUUGGUUGAUGGUGUCUUGAUAGCUGUUUCAUUAGGUGCACAUACAUGGAAGCGGUGACUAGUCCGCUGCCGUUCUUCUCCCUGACAACCCUUUCCCUCAUAUCUAUAGACCAGAGUACAGAAACUCCUCCAAUAGCAAGACCUUCUACCGCUACUUUGAUGAAUAAGCAUACCCCAAGCCAUAAUGUAAGUUUAGCCAAAGUUGGUGUUUUGGGGAAUCGGCAGAGUCCAUUCGCCAGGUUCACAAUGCAACCGCAGGUGUAUAAGGGAAACCAGAAGUACCAAUCUAAGAACACAAGAUUGGGGACUACAUGAAAUAAAUCUUUAUAUAAACAGGUAAAAUUCAUUUGAAAAUUCUAGAAUGAAAAGAUGGUUAGUUUACCAGGGUCGUUGAGUUGAAAAGAUGCAGAAACAGCAAAGAGGAAUGCCAUUAGAAGAGAGCAGACACUGAAAACUGUCGCCAUCUGAUGUUCCUGUUAAGGUUUUUGAGAUUGAGUUGACUUUGGAACCCCGGCCAAGUACGGAAAAUGGAGUUUGAUUCAUCUGAGAGUGAAAGCCCCAAGAAGGGGGUCAAAUCAGUUAAAGUGGAGAAGUUAACAGUUGUAGCGUUGACUUUGGAAUCACGGUGAAAAGAUGAAUCAAACAGCUAAAACUGUUACAGAGUGUGAGUUUUAUUUUACUAUUUUAUUAACAUUGUUUUUAGAGAUGAUAACAAGUCAAGUGGCAGAAAUAUUACAUCUGCAAUGUAAAGUUGUGUACCGGAAUCUGUGUGUCAGAGGAAUCAAGAUUUUAGAUUUUACACAUGAAGAGGGGCACGUGCAGAUGAGGAGGGACAACGUUAACUAUACAUGUAAAGAAGAUGACCUAACGGGCCAGGAACACAGCAAAAAUCCUCCAUUUUCCAGCUUGGAAUUGGAAUUCUUUCGGUUGAUAUUCUUCUAGUAAUAGCCCCAUCUGAGCUAUAGUCAUGAUGAUGAUAACGAAAGCGUGCUAUUUUUCCCCUUUUCCUUUUUCAAGUUUCAAUCAUGAUUGGACAACCCCCCAUUAUUAGGUCUUCCACAACCCCUCUGGCUCUGGC